AUGGCAUCUGGAGAUUUGAAACUGUUAGCGUCGACUCCAAAAGUUAUCGAUCCUAAAAAUAAGGAACUGCAGGAGAUUGUAGAUAAUCUUGGAAAAAGUCCAGAUCAUGAAAAUGGAUAUGAAUAUGGAGAAUUUUUGGAUAGCGAAAACGAUUAUGAGACGGAGGAGGAUGAGGAAGACGAUAAACAAAGUGCUUGUGAAAGUGAACAGGAUGAUGAAAAUAAACAGAACAGUGACAAUGAAAAUGAAGAACACAGUGAAAAGGAAAGUGAACAAACUGGUGAGAAUAACAGUGAACAAGCUAGUGGAAAUAACAGUAAACAAAACAAUGCUCAUGAGAAUAAACAAAGCAAUGAAGAGAGGCCUCCAACAGCGACGAGAAAUAAAAGCGUUCUAAGAGGUAAAAAUAACCACCUACUCUCAUCUGUAGUUCCUCAGAGGAGAGGUCGUUUGAGAGCUGACAACAUUGUUUUACAUUUGCUUGGUCCUAAAGGCAAAGCUAGAAAAGUAGAAACCCUUUAG